GUAUGAAGAAUCCACUAAUGAACUAAUUAACCAAGAACUGGGCAUUGCGUAUCCAAUCACUGAUGGCAUUCCUAAUAUGAUCCCUCAGGCCGCAAGGAUGAUUGACAGAAAGAUCCAAGAUGAAGAAUCAAAGAAAACCUAGAUAGCUGUUCUUAACAGCAAAACCUGAGCACUAACCUACAUCCACAGUAACUGGGAAGAAAAAUGUUCCUGUCUCUGCCUACGCUAACUGUACUUGUUCCAUUAUUGUCCUUAGUUGGUCUGCUUUAUUCAGCCAGUGUGGAUGAAAACUUCCCAGAGGGCUGCACCAGCACAACGAGCUUGUGUUUCUACAGUCUGCUUCUUCCUCUUACCAUACCAGUCUACAUGUUCUUUCACCUUUGGACCUGGAUGGGUAUUAAACUUUUUAGACACAAUUAAUAAGGCAAAAGCUUGGAAGGCACCACAAAAAUGACUUGCUACCCUUGUGGCUGCUUUGGGUGUGUGUGGGGGGGAGGGGGGGAGGAAGAGCCCCCACCCCCACCUAUUAUAUUACCCAAACCUUACUAUUAUAUUCCAUGCUGUUGCAGUAGUCUCCUACUCAAGACUAGCAAUAGUGGUGAUCUUUAUUAAUUCUUCCAAUGCCAUCUGAAAAUGUAGCUUUUUGCACAAUGGCCUAAUUUACUGCUAGGAGAGAAAUAAUGUUCUCUUGUUCCUCCUCCAUAGUCCCAUUAAAACCUGUGGGUGUAUUUUAAGGCUACACCACAAGCAUGUCAAGGGUGCUGUAUCUCUUUGAUAAAGAAUAAACUUUGUGCACUGAUUCAUUAUUUUAAA